GUUGACUGAGCACGACUGAGUGUGCCUAUUCCCAUGACCUGUGUCUCAGAUCAUAAAAGUCUAAAAGCGCGUUGCGUCUUUGUCAAGUGAACGAUUAGUCAAACAACAUGGUGAGCAGUCAAACAAGGGCCAAACGACGUCAAAUACUGCCCGAAUCACAUCUGACCGGAGCUCCUGCUGCUAAUGAAAGUGGACCGAAUCUACCGAUACCGACACAGAACCCGGUAGACACCAGCACCUCGGAAUCCAGCAGCAAAACAGGGAGAAAGAAACAAAAGGCCAUAUCAGAAAAUGAAUACCUUGGUGUCCGGGUGAAAAUGCCUGUACGGGACAUGCUUAGAAAUAUACGGAUAGCCAAGGGCAUUGACCCAAAAGAUCUGGGGAAACAAUCCAAGGGAUCCAAAGGGGAUAAGAAACGGGUCAACACCAGUGUAAACCGCAGGAAUUGUCUGAAAAAAAUGCAAACAAAAGGUUUGGAGGAGCUUGCGAUUAUAGUUGAAGUGUUGGAAGAGGAUCUAAAGUCCUGUCAGUCUUACGGAUCAUCAAACAAAAGGCCUUCAAGUUUAUACCAUUCAGAGUAUGAAGAGAAAUUCUGGGGUGAGGAUUCACCUCAACAGGAUUUUAUCGUCAAAUAUGACCAAGAGAACGAGUUGGCACUGUCUCCCAGUUUCUCUGCACCUUCAAACAACUCACCUGUGUAUUCUAGCUCCAGUUCCUACCCUUCUCCUGCUUACAACCAGGGUGCUGAUGUUUUCUUUAUGAACCAGGCAGAAUAUGGCAUGUACGAGACAGAUGACCACAGGUAUGAUGAUCAGUAUGGUAUGUCUCUUGCCAUUGAACACCAGGUUCCCUCCCCCCAAAAAACAUCUUGUGUGAGUCCCAAUCGAGAAGACUGGGAGGUUUCACUGCAAAACUUUCCAACAUGGCACAGUCCUCAGCAGGAGGACGGGAGAAGUAUGACCUUCUUCUGGGCCCAAACAGAAAGAGAAGAGACUUUCCUGAAUGAAAUAUCUGACCAAGAGCUUCUCGCUGCAGACGAAAAGGGGAGAACCUUCCUACACAGAGUGGUUGAGGAGGGAAAAAGAGCUCUUGUGUUUGUUAUUGCCAGACGUAUGGCAACUCUGAGGAAACUGGAUGCGAAAGAUCUGGAGGGAAAGACUCCCCUUCAUCUUGCUGCAGAGAGAAAUCAACAUUUCAUGGUGUCCGAUUUAGUGUCACUUGGUGCACAUAUCAAUGAAAAGGACAAAUAUGGGAAGACGUGUGUCCAUCUCAGUGCGGAGAAUGGAUACAUUAGAGUCCUGGAGGUCCUGAAAGAUUUUAUGAAGAGUGGUGUUUAUGUUAAUUUGGAGGAGAGAGAUGUAAAUGGACUCAGCGCGCUGCAGUGUGCAGCAGUUGCUCUUAACAGCACGGUACGAGAACUGAAGCUGUGCGGGUCUGCGGGUCAGGUCAGACUGCAUACGCUUCGCAAAGAACAGAUGAUGGAAACGCUGGUGUGCCUUCUGCAAAUGGAGUACUACUUAUGCGCUUUGGUUUGUCUUGAUGGGAUGAAAAGAGGUGUUAAUUCAAAGCCAUACGAACCAGCCUCCAGUCAGUCAAAUGAAAUGAAGGCCAUCAGCAACAUGACUUGGAAGUGCUUUGGAUACACAGCUGCUUCUAGCCAUAGGAGUUGUUUGUCUGCCAAGUAAGGCAGUGCUUUUAACUGACGGUAAAUGUUUUUGAGUUAAUACAAGCUUUAAUCUGCCAUUGAAAACAAAAUAUACAGUAUAUGUGUAUUUUAGAAAUCGCGAUAGUUAGAAAGAUGAUAAAUGUGUUUAAUGGCACGGUUAAGCUAUGUAUUAUGCAACUGCAGGUUUUGUUCACUGAACAAAUGCAAUGGUUGCCUGUUAGCUGGUUUCUGUGAAACUUCCACUGUUUGUUACGUUUGAGUAGCAGAAUCUUUAAAAAAUGAAUCGGGUUGUGGUUUGACCCGUGAGUCUGUUUAACGCCACAGUAGUUCCUAUUUGCUCUAAGAGCGAGUAGUUUUGAAAUUUACAGUACGAGACUGGCGUGGCAGUUUCUUUUUAAUACCAAUACCGUUUACAAAUAUGUAGCCUACUUGUACACACAGUGAAUUGAUUUUGGUUAUUUACCCCUUUGCAACGUUGCAGGUGGUGGGGAAUUUUGAUAUUGAUUCUAAUUUGUAACUAUUUGAAUUAAAAUGUAUGUGGUGAAAAAUGUUAAUAAUUUUUACACAAAUUGUUAACAGUACGUUUACUGUUGGCUUUGUGUAAUAAUCUUGUGUAAUGAUGAUCCAUCCUCUUUGACGUCAUAAUUGUGGCCCAGGUUUAAUUUACUGUUUAGUUACUUCGUCACAGACACAAACUUGUGUCUUGUAUACUGGGGAUGGGUUUAAAGUGUUUUCACCAACAUAAUAUUUUGUUAUUUGUGUGAUUCUGGAUCUCAGGUGUGAUAUUUUGUAACUGUCAGAGUUUUGGGAUGUUUUUUCUCUCUUUUUUUAUAGAUUCUGUUUUAUAAAUAUCAAAUUUACAGCAAUUUAAGUCUUUUAAGGCUACACAUAUGCGGGUGAAAUGUACGAUAUCGGACUAAAUAUGUUUAGUAUUUUUUUUUAGUUAUACUUGUAUUGUUUUUAUGGGAUUUGUUAGCACAUUUAAGCAUUAAAAAAACAAAUAUAUGUUUAUAGCAUGUUAAGGGGAGCUAGAGUUUUCUGGUAGUAAUAGUUUUAAUUAUACAUUAAAUAUUUACAUUUAUUUAGCUGAUGCUUUUAAGGCAAUACAUACAUACCUGUAUAUGCAUGCUUUUUCUGGUAAGUAACAUGGGGUAAGCAGUGGGUAUAACAUAUUUAGUACAUAUUUUAUCCAGUUUUCUAAGUACAUUUCAUUAUUGUUGUUUUUAACUAUAUUGAACAUAUGGGGUUAUAAAGGCUAUUGUUGCUGACAUUGACAAAUAAAAUAAUUCACUUCUGUAAUGGCCAGACGUUUGUGAACACCUAAACCUUUCUCAUACUGUUUAACUAUUUCUAGAAUUUUGUGACUAGCAUGUGUGUUCUUUUAUUAACAGUAUUUGACAUACAAGUUUUGAGUGGAUAGUGAUUUUUGGAGUGUUAUGAUUUUCUUCAGUGUGGCUUGGCCCCCACUAUCACAUAGACAUCAUUCCUGGUCAUGCUGCAAGUGUCAGGUCUCAAAAUGUCAAAGAAAAUUGUACAGAGACAACUUUGUUUUUUCCAUUUCUUUUAUUGAAACAACAAGGUGUUCUCAAACUACGGCCAUGUGUGCUUAUAUUCAUCAUCGUGGGUAUUUAAAGCAGAUUUUUGUAACACUGGUGUAUUGGGAGUUAUUUUUCCAUUACUUUGGCGAGGGGAACUCUCAUAAACUUAAAUUAUGAGUAUUUGCCAUCAGUCAUGUGCUACACUAAGCAGGUUUUUGCUAGAGGCAUUACGGGGCAGGUUUGUACAGAUGAGAUACCAUUGUAAUUAUCUUGUUGUGCCUGUCCUGACCCUGUUGAAAACAAAGAAGGAAACCUGUCUUGAUAUGGUAAUGGACGUCCCCUUUCUCUUACACAUAUUCCUGCUGAGAAAAUAAUAAAGCUUGAUAUUCCACUCAUGCUGUCUGUUAUUUUAC